UAAAUAGAAUGCAGGGUCAUACAUUUAAAUAAUAUAUAUUUCCCUCUUUUUUUCUUUUUUAUUUAUUUCUUCUUUCCUUCUUUUAAUAUAUCAUUAUGGGGUUAUUUUCUGAGGAAAGCAAAACAUCAAUUACACUGUAUAUUGAGAAUUUGUCUAAUUACGAAGAGAUUGAAUGGUACCAAUUCGAACAAUUAACAGAAUCAGUCUCUAUGCAACCUGCUGGUGCAAGAGAAGCUAUUGAAGCUGUCCGAAAGAAGCUUAAGCAUGGCACCACACAACAGAAGCUACGCGUGCUAGAGGUUUUGAAGCUGCUGAUGGAAAACUCAAAUGGAAGGUUUCACAGAGAAUUAAUUAGCAAUGAGAAAAUGAAGGAGAGAUUUGAAAUGAUUAUCGAGUCUCCCACAGAAGAUAUGAACGUAAGAAAAACCAUUGUUUCAUUAUUGGGUAUUUGGGCCACCAAAUUCAAAGGUGAACAAGGCAUGCAAAUAUUAUAUCGUUUGCAUGAGCGUGGGAGAGCGUUACUUCAGGGUCAAUCCAGCCAGCGCGGCUCUCCCCUGGUUGCUGCUACUUCACCAGCGGAUAGAUAUCCUGGAUUAAUCGCAUCACCCGACAGAAGAGUACCGCCACCCAAUGUACGUCAUCCACCUACAAACUAUCAUCAAGACCAACCUUAUACGGACAUACCACCACCCAAUGAUAUCGGGCCUCGUCGACAGAGUAAUGGCAGCAGCACAUUUGAUUUCGAAAAGGCCAAGCCUAAAAUCAUGCAAGAGGUAGCACUUGCCACCCAAUCCGCCAACAAUCUAGUCAACGCACUUCGUUUAAUCAACACCAACAAGGACGGCUGGGAGCUGGACAUGAGGCGAGAUCGUACGAUUGCACAGAUGCAUGGACGUUGUGAAGAAGAAAAGAAGAAGAUUGUGCGUUAUGCCAGAUUGGUAGAAGAUGAAGAGUGGAUUGGGACUUUACUUUCGGCCAAUGAGGAUUUAUUAAAGGCUUUGGAUAUGUAUGAUAUUAUGCUGACAGGUCAAAUACCCGUGGAUUUUCCUACGUCACCUUAUCGUGCUAACAAUGAACCUUUGGCUUUACCAUCAAGAGCUGGCGAUGCAGAUUUAUUGAUGUUGUCUUCGCAUAGUGGAGAUACGCAUUUGCCGAGAGAUGAAAAUGGGGAUAUCCUCGAAGAUCCGUUUGCUGAUCCAAUAUAAAAUGGAUAGUUACCCCAAAAAAAUGUAAAUAAAAUUAUGCAAGAG